AUGGCUGCCCCUGCGGCGGCAAGCAAGGGGACAGCAGUGCUGGAGGCGCCCCCGCAGCUCAAGCAGGUCUCUCAUACAAAGGUUUCUGUCGAUGAUGCAUGGAAGCUGCAGCAGCAGCGGAUGUACAAGCUGCACCGAGGUCACGAGUCCAUGCACGUGGAGAUGGUCUUGAUCUUCCUCUCUGUGCUGGUGGUCGCCCAGAUCGUGUUAGUGCAGUGGAGACAGAGGCACAGCCGGUCCUACAACCUCGUGACCUUGUUUCAGAUGUGGGUGGUCCCCGUGUAUUUCACAAUCAAACUCUAUUGGUGGCGUUUUCUCUCUCUGUGGGGCGUGUUCUCCGUCAUCACCAGCUACAUCCUCUUCAGAGCUACCCGAAAACCUCUCUCGGGGAGAACCCCCAGAUUGGUUUACAAAUGGUUUCUUCUAAUCUACAAGCUCACCUAUGCCUUUGGGGUUGUGGGUUAUUUGGCUAUUAUGUUUACAAUGUGUGGAUUCAAUUUCUUUUUCAAAAUCAAAGCUAGAGAUUCUAUGGACUUCGGCAUUGUGGCCUUGUUCUACGGCCUCUACUACGGAGUAAUGGGGAGAGACUUUGCUGAGAUCUGCUCGGAUUACAUGGCCUCCACUAUUGGGUUCUACAGCAUCAGCGGGAUGCCCACAAGGAGCCUGUCGGAUAAUAUCUGUGCCGUCUGUGGGCAGGAAAUCAUUGUAGAGCUUGAUGAAGAAGGACUCAUUGAAAAUACCUACCAGCUUUCAUGUCAUCAUGUCUUUCAUGAAUUCUGCAUUCGAGGCUGGUGCAUCGUUGGGAAAAAGCAGACUUGCCCUUAUUGCAAAGAGAAGGUUGAUUUGAAGAGGAUGAUAAGUAACCCCUGGGAGCGCACCCAUUUUCUCUAUGGACAAAUCCUGGAUUGGCUUCGCUAUUUGGUGGCCUGGCAACCUGUGGUAAUAGGAAUAGUUCAAGGCAUAAACUAUUCUCUAGGGCUGCAGUAGAGCAGCCCGUGUACGCCUGAAGCCAUCUCCUGCAUAGGGCAAGAUUUUUGGACCCUAGGCCUUCUAUUUAAUAUUGAUAUCCUUUUUUAAUUUUGUAAGAGUUUUAAAAACUAAAAUCCAAUAUCACACGUAAAAUGAUCUCUGUGGAAAGAACUCAUUAAA